AUGUUUUUAGUAAAGAAUAAUUUGGAUAAUACAGUUGAUAAUUUUUCUACUAACUUAAUUAGUAAUGCAACAAAUGCAAAUACUAAUAUGGAAUUGUCAGUAACUUGUGAUCAUGUUGAAUCAAACAUUAUUGAUAAACCAGGUUUAGAUUUAACAACCGAUUAUCCAACUGACCGGGGACAUUUUAAAGAGUUGGAUAUUGUACAAUCUGAUUUGAAGAGAAGUAUUUUAUUGCAUGGACCAUGUAAACCCAUAAACAUUGAAUUUCCAUACAGCCCUGAUGGUAAAGGUAUCCUUAGACGAUUUUCAGUACAGUUUUAUUACAAAACCACAAACACAGGAUUGCGUAUACCCAGAACAUGGAUAUGCUAUUCAGUUAUUUUAGAUUGUACAUAUUGUGAAACAUGUUGGCUUUUUGCUGAUAGGAAAAAUAGCAAUUUUAAAAUAAAUUGGAUAUCAGGAAUUAAUGAUUGGCAUCAUAUUGGAGAAAAAAUUGGAACACAUGAAAUCUCUCAACAGCACAUUCAAGCCACUGAAGUCCGAGUACGUUGGUUAAAAAAUGAAACUAUAGAUAAACAUAUAGAAGAUAAAAUUGUUAAAGAAGCUACUUUUUGGAGAAGUGUUUUAAUUAGAUUAAUCAAAAUUAUUUUAUUUUUAACUGCAGGGAAUACUGCCCUUCGAGGAAAUGAAAACAGUAAAACUAAAAUAAAUACUACAGAAGAUUCUACACAAGAUAUAACAAAAAUUGACCAAUUGAGUGUUAUAUUGCGUUAUGUUGUUUUAAACUAUGGAACUAAAUCAAUUGAGGUAAAAGAAUCUUUUUUUGGAUUUUUUGAAUUAAAGAAACAUGGCUCAGAAGAUUAUGAAAAUCUUAUUUAUGACGUAUUAAAAAAAUACAAUUUAGAUGUCCAAAAUUGUCGAGGCCAAGGUUAUGAUGGUGCUGCAGUAAUGAGUGGAGUUUAUUCGGGAGUGCAGCAAAGAAUAUCUUCCGUUGUGUCAAAUGCACAUUAUGUACACUGCUGUGCACAUAACCUUAACUUAGUGAUUUGUGAUGCAGCUAAAUCAACACAAGUUGCAUCCAACUUUUUUACAACCUUACAGUCCAUUUUCAAUUUUUUUAGUUUUAGUUGUCCUAGAUGGGCUUCACUUGCAUUUGGUGAUGAAACUGCUAAAACAAUCAGACUUAAAGUACUAAAAAAAGUUUGUCCUACGCGUUGGGAGGCUAGGCAUUCAUCAGUAUCGGCAUUAAAAGAAAGGUAUAUCGGAGUUAUAAAAUCAUUAACAUAUUUAAGUUUAUCAAGUAGUAAAGCUGAUGAAAAACAUAUGGCUAUUUCAAUUAAAAAAAAAAUAGAAUCUUUUGAAUUUUUACUCAUGUUAUGUUUGUGGGAACGAGUAUUGCGUCCUUUGCACGGUGUCUCUAAACUCUUGCAGCAGAAAGAUAUUGACCUCCAGAAAGCAUUAGAUAGAUUAACUGAUGCCUAUACUUGUAUGCAGCAACUAAGAAAUGACUACUGUAGUGUAGUUGAAAAUGCAAAAAACUUGGCAAUUAAAUGGGGUAUUCCAACAGAUGACAAAGAGGCUCGCCAAAAAAAAGCACGACGGUUUUUUGAUGAAGUAGAUGGUGACAGAAGGAUAAAUAUUACACAAGAUAAUUUUAAAGUUAAAGUAUUUUUACCAAUUGUUGACACAAUAUUAAGUCAACUUAAAUUUCGUUUUAAAGGUUUACGUAAUGUUUGUAAUAUCUUCAAUUUUUUGAAACCUGAAUCACUUUUAAGACCAAGUGAAAUUACUGUUAAAGAAUCAUAUGAUUUCAUACAAAUGUAUCAAUCAGAUAUAAGUUCUGAUUUAACAAGUCAACUGCUAUCAAUCAAAGAAAUUAUAAGUAAUAAAAAUUUAAAUAGUAUCCAAGCACUAGCCUCGUUUAUUCUUGAAAAUGACUUUGCUACAAGUUAUUCUGAAGUAUUAGGAGCAUGUAUAAUUUAUUUGACAUUGCCGGUUACGGUUGCAACCGCAGAAAGAUCUUUUUCAAAACUUAAGAUAAUAAAAAACUACUUAAGGAACUCAAUUGGACAAGAGCGGCUGUCUAAUAUUUCAGUUUUAAAUAUCGAACAGAGUCGUACAAAAGAUAUAGAUAUAGAAAAAAUUAUAACAAAUUUUUCAAAUAUGAAAGCAAGAAGAAUGAAAUUUGAUUGA